GUUAGAAAAUCUAGAAAAUCUAAAAGUGAGCUCAUGAAAGAAAUCGACUUGCAUGGUGAGCUUCAGAGUUUUUGUAGGUGACAGAGCUUUUUGGGAUAAGAAAAACGUUGAAUGAAUGUGGUAUCUGUGGCAACAUAAGUUCGGCGAAAUACUUCAGUGUACCAAAUAAUAAGAACGUAAGUAACACGUUGAAUUGAAGUCAUUUGGAUGAACACUUCCGAUUUCACAAACUUACUUAAUGUCUCUGCUAGCAGCUUCCUUUUAACGUAACAAAAAAUGAUGACUCACAAAUUGCCAGGUGUCCUUCUGAAAACUGAUUUAAGCUUCCUGAAAUGUCCUAUUAGAUGCAAAGGACAAGGACCUAAUCAUUGGGCUGUUUUAAGGAGAACAAAAUUCCCCAAAGAUCAUGCCAUGGAACAUUUUGAUGAUUUUUAUGCCAAUGUUUAUGGUGCAAGAAAAUGGAAGUCAAUGCGUCUGGCACUGUUAUGCCCGAAGAAAUAUUGUGCAGUUGUAAAUAAUUACAGUGAUGCCGACAAAAUUAUGAAUAAAUUAGAGAAUAAAGGUGCUGUAAAUGUAAGGCGAAUGUUCGAACUUAGAGCUGAGAAACUUGCAGAGGAACCAAGCAACUACUUGGAGCCAUUAAAGAAGGAUGAAGUAUAUAAACUUGACCUUGAUGCAAAAAUGAACACCUUAAGGAUUUCAUCGCUAGAGAAAGAAGCUCAGAAAAAGAUUCCAAAUGUACCCUUAGACAAGACUUUAACGUAUAUGCAAUCUGCUGAUGUAGAGGUUGAGUCUCCUGCCGCUGAGAAGCCAGCUGCACUGAUGAAUACCGAAGAUGAUGAAGAGCCUCCAAGCCCCAUUGAUGAUGGAGGGAAUUUAGAACCCACUGAAGAAGAGAUCAAAAGUCGUCUUGUGCGGUCUGCGGAUGCUCUUUAUGAUUUUGUGCCUGCAACCAAGCUUCAGGGACUAGAGGAUUAUGUUCCUGAAUCAAAACAUUAUGGGUACUAUGAGACAGAGAGUGAGUUUCCAAUCUACAUCACUGAAGAUGCACCCAUCGUUUUCCCCUCUAAUCUGAAUAUUUACACCUAUGAAACAGGCAACAUAGAAGAUUUCAGCUCCCCAAAGCGAGGAUCAACAGACCUUUUUGAUUAUUUUCUGUUGGACGGAGCCAGUUUGUUUCCUAUCCUUGCAUUAAAUCUACAGCCUAAUGACAGGAUUCUAGAUUUGUGUGCUGCGCCAGGAGGAAAAUCGUUAAUAAUGCUCCAAACAUUGUUUCCCAGAUUUCUUACCUGCAAUGAUUUUUCUGAAACAAGAUUAAAAAGAUUAAGGUAUAUACUGAAAGACUAUUUCACGGAUAUCGAUGACAAAGUUUCAGUAACUAAUAUCAAUGGAUCACAAUACCAAGAAGAGACCAAUUUUUAUAAUAAGAUCUUGGUUGAUGUUCCUUGUACAACUGAUAGGCUCAGUGUGAAUGACAACGAUGACAAUAUUUUCGCUCCGAACAGAAUCCAAGAAAGGCUGCAGUUACCAGAAGCGCAGGCUGCAUUAUUAGUAAAUGCAUUGAAGCUGGUAACUGUAGGUGGAACAGUUGUUUAUUCAACUUGCACUCUAUCGCCAAUCCAGAAUGAUGGUGUCGUGCAUAUGGCUUUGAAAAAGAUUUGGGAAGAAACCGAACUCCAGUUUGUGAUCAAGGAUAUGUCUAAAGUUCUGGAGGUAGCAAGACCGCUCUUCCCAUUGGAAACCAAAUUAGAUUUAAAAUACGGGCACCUUGUUUGUCCUUACCUACCAGCAAAUUUUGGCCCUAUGUAUUUUUGCAAGCUUGUGCGAGUAAAAUAAGGAAGUAGGUGAUUUUUCUCAUUAUUAAAUCAUAAUUGAAUUUUUUAUUAUUUUCCCAUGAUUUAGUACAGCUUUAGUACUUUACAUUUCAUUUUUGCAUUUGAUUUUGCGAGAGCUGAGCAGGAGGAAACUCAUGAGCUAGUAACCUUUGAUCUCCUAAAAUAUCGAGAAGUUGACGACCAAUAUUGAUUCCCCCCUUCUCCAUAAUGAAAUCGUGCAGGCCAACAUCCACUUCUUAUUCUGAAGGUUUUGUCAAGAUUUUGUCUUAAAAUUCCCAAGCAAAAAUCUGACAUUAUCUAAUUCUUAAAUCAUUGUUUCUCCCUGAAGCUCUGCUUAAGAGGCAGCUGUGUGGAUUUUCCAAUAAUAAAUGGAUUGUGACUCAAAGAUCACAGCUAAUGUCAUGAAGCCAGCUCUUUUGGUUAGUAGUAAAUCCAAACUUUUCAACAAUUAAAGUUGUUUGUUUUUGGAUGGCAAGCAGAUUGAAUACUUUUUUAAUUUCUAUUUGACAGUAGUUGAAUUUUUACUCUAAUGAAAGACUUCUUCUGCCAACUACUGUUUUCAGCUGAUUACUCCGAUGUUUUAAAACCGGAGCCGACAUCAAUACAAAUCAAUCAAUUAGAUCCAUUUUUUCUGUCAUUGUUUAAUUGGAUGCAAAUUUUAUUUGCCAAAAAUAAAUUGAGCUAUACCGUGCUUUCACAAA